GUGACCGAUGUGAAUGCCCGCAGUGUACCUUUGCCUGUCAGAGAGGGACGUUGAAAGGCAACAAUAGACGAGCUCAAAGUCCGUCGUUUUUAUUGUGUGCGCACGAGGUGCCCUGGCUGAUGGGAUCAAGUUCUCCGGCUUUAAGUACGCAUGUGAGAAAGUUUAGCCCUCGCGUGCCAUCGUUCGUGACACGGUCACUUGCAAUCUUUUAACAGUACAAGCGAUGGGAUGGCGGCCCAGCCAACAGUGGAAAAAGUGCAGGAUAUGCUUCAGAGAUCCCUGCUACAAUUUAUUGAAGAGAUCGAAACUUUGUCUUCUGUUGAAGGAGCUCCUCUGAUAUGGUGGAAAUUGAAAAAGCACUUGGAACACUGUCCAAAAAAUUCUCUCAUGCUCAUCACUCUCAUCUUGGAACAUUUACAAAAGGUGGAGCAGGAUGGCCAGCGGGACAAGGUCGCCGCUCCGCUCAUGCUCAUGCUGAUGUGCACCAUCGCACAGGCCCCACACGUCACGGACGAGGUCCUCACCCGGGCCUACCAGGUGUGCGUAGGAUUCAUCACGAGGCCCCGGCACGUGGCCGCCUUCACCAAGUCUGUGCUGCAGUUCAUCAGCACCGAACGCCGGGCUCCAGGUAUUUUCCACCAAAGGAUGAUCAUUUCAGAGCAAAACCUUCACAUAAGCAGCUUUCCGACCGUGGCCAAGACCGUGGUUCUGCUGGUGCCGGGCUUAGUGUCGGAGAAUCUGGUGGAUCGACUGAUGGAGGAGGAGAAAGGAAAUUCCAUGGACGAGGCCAGCUUGAAGCAAGCGUGGCGCUGCCAGAUCCUCAAGGACACCUUCGAGGCAGUACUGGGGCCCACUAUCAAUGCCAGGGAUCUACACAAACACCUGAAUAACCAAGAGAGGAAAGUUUGGGGUUGGCUGGAGCACGUGACGGGGCUCAUGGAGGGCACGGCACGGAGAGGCGCUCGGGAGUCGCUCGAUGACCUCCACACUCAGCUGCUCGAUCUCUACCUGCAAGAGAUCAAACCUGCGAAGGCAGAUGGAAGUAGGCAUCGCGCGGCAGACUCGAUGGCGGAUUGCAAACACCUCCUUGGGGCCGUGCCCAAACCUGACAUCCAUUACAAGGCCUGGUGUGGAAGUAACUCAAUCGAGAGCAUGUUGGGCGACAUCAGCGAAAAAGAGAGCUCCUCGGACACAGACCCGUCCACUCCGUGGAAGCAGACCGUGGUGCCGCCAAAAACACGGAUGGUCAAAAACCAGAAAUACUCGAUCGAGAGGAAAAAUGGGAUUCGCGACCGAUCUCGCAUUGCGAUCAACACGGACUACAAGUCCUCCAGCUACCCCGACACUGGCACCAAGAUCACAUAUUUUGAAAGUUUAAGGAUCACAGCAGCUGAUCGGAACGGCCAAUCAGAGGACAGCGUCUCACUCCCAGCAUGCACUGUGCGCAUGGUGGUGAUUGGGGACGACAGAACAGUGGCCCAGCUUGCUCGUGAAUACCAUGCCCUCAGAAAGAAGGAGGGGAGGCAAAUCAACUUGUGCAGUGCGGAACUCGAGCUGCGUUUGUUUUACAUCCCAGUGCAGUGCGAGCCAACGACCUAUCUCUCACCUUCUUCUCCAAAGCACAACGCCAAAAAGGACGCUGCAGCGCCGGCUGUUGAGUUUGGAGACCGUCUGCGGGUGGGUCAGUUCCUGGGCAAAGCGGACGCAUGGUACCGGCAGAAUAUUCAGCAGCUGGGACGCAUCAUGACCAACCUGCUGUCAAUUCCGAAGGGCUCCCCCGUGCAGACGUCGGGAAGAGACAUGCUGAUCACAGACAUCAUGUGCGACUACAUGCGGAUGGCUCACGUGGUCGCUCCUCUGCCCCUCUACUCAGCCAGGUUUGAAAUGGCUUCCGGAGAACAAGGAGAGGAGGUGUUUGUCACUCAACUUGAAAUCAGGGACUGCCAACGAUCGCCUGAUAAGACUGUGCAAAGAAAAGCAUCACUCCCCGAUGAGAAAGAAGCCUUGCUAUUCGAGAUCCAAUACACAAAGGUGCCCGUGUGCACGCCCAUGUCUGCGAUGCUCGUCAAGAUGUCAAAGUUUCUCACUGCGAUCAAGAUAGAGGCCAUCACUGCUGACGGCACAGAUGCCGGUGGCCUCACUGUGACGUUCAUGGAAACGAGCAACGCAAAGGGCCGCCGUUCGAAUGACAAGAUUCCGCAGACAAUAGCGCGUGUGAGUUCGAUCACAUUUUCUGCUCCGGGGGAUGGAAGAUUCACAGCGUGCUUUGACGAAGGACCUACGUUUGAGAACAUCAAGAGAUGUGAGGUUACUCCAUGUCCAAAGCCAUCAAGUGCCGAGGAAAUGCCGCACCACUUACUGAUGGGCAAUGCUCCAGCAAAUCAGUUCACUCUGCCCAUCAGAAUCUUCUGCCCAGCGCUGUAAAAAUCUGUGAAGUGAAAACAAUUGUCCACAUGCUGAAGCAAUCUCCUCCUCGAGCUUACUGCAUUCUGAUAUUUGAGAUGGUUUAACGUAAUUGAGUGUCACUGUGAUUCCACUAUCUGGCCGCUGUGUGGACGAGCACUAACAGGGGCCCAUAUAAGACCUUCAAAUCCAAAAUGCUUCCCUGGGCCGUUCCCUAGCACGACGAGUUACCCUGCUCUGCGUGAUAUUUGAAUGGAUACUUCGGCUCACGCGAUACCAAUAUCAUAACUGGCACAAUUGGGGGGAAAUUACCCCAAAAAUGUAUAACACAGUAUUUAAAUGUUAAUGUACAAAACAUCUGUUCUACAAUGCACAAUUUUUAGUCAAUAGUAUAUAAAGCGAUUGGGAUGUUUACGUGAAAGGUGUCAUGAAAUAAUUAUGGUGCUGUUGAUGAUGAUGGAUAUUUGCAAGCAUCCGAUAACAUUCUGUAAUUCCACCUCAAAUGCAAACGUAGUUGUAGAUUUACUGAAAAGUCACUGUGUAUAUAGCCAAUGCCACACCUCCGUUAACAUGAGCGCUGUACAUAAUUAGGGAGUAGUAAUGUUUGCCAUAGAAAUAGGAAGAGGGAUGCUAUGAAGUGCCCUGAAAUACAAAGAACCAUAACACUG